AUGGGCGACGACAAGUAUUACCUUUUCAAGAGACUUGUGCAGGUCGGAAAGAUGAAGCAUUUGUAUGAGCCUGGAGAAAGGCCGCCAUAUCCUAUUAUUAUUGAGUCUCCAUUCUUUAGAGAUGUGAUUGCAAACAUGAGACUUCCCGAAUACAUUCCAUUCUUCUAUUCAAUUCCUUUUGGAGCGGUGCUAGGGUAUGCAAUGACUGCGAAUUUGAAAAGUUUCCCAUUAAAUAGAAGAAGAGCUUUCACCAUAGUGUGGACAACAAUGAUGUUCUUCGGAUGGUAUAGAUAAUACCUUUGAGUAGCGCGUUAAGCGCCCGAGACUUCCCGACGAAGUCUGGGCGGUGGUUUGACCAGCUGAUGUUGGUCAAACCAGCAUCCAAUUUGACAAAUCUUCUAUAUGAGAAGAAUUUGUCAUUUUGGAUGUUGGUUUGACCAACAUCAGCUGGUCAAACCACUGCCCAGACUUCAUCAGGAAGUCUCGGGCGCUUAACGCGCUACUCAAAGGCAUUGCCUAUAUAUUGGAUUCAAAGGAUCAUAUUAUAAAUUGCUAGGCUUUGAGGAUAAUGGACUUAAAUGGAAGUUUAGUGAUGAGAAGGUGAAGAAAUAUAAGUUCACAGAAAAUAUGCAUGGAUUUCUGGAAGAUGCACUUAAGAGAAAAGAUAUUGAUAGCUCAAGAGCAUAUUAA